GAGGGGGCCGACUGGGUCCGGGAGACGAAGGACCGGUCGGCGGCCUUCGCGAGCAAGAUGGGCGCGACGGCGGCGGUCAAGGCGAGACAGUACAAAGUGGUGGCAGAGUUCACGCCCGUUCGAUUCAACCCGGACGACGCGGCCGCUCUUGCAGCGAUUGAGGAGCGCGCGCAGCUCCCUGCGGGGUCCAUAGUGUAUGCGAGGUGGAUCAAGCCGAUCUCCAAGCGCCAGCAUGGGCAGCAGGUGGCCCAUGCGAUGAUUACCAUGAGCUCAAGUGAGGGGGCGAACCGGGCGAUUGCAAAUGGCUUGAUCAUUGCGGGAAAGAAGGUCGGCGUAUGCCGCUGCCUCCUGGAACCACUUCGGUGCGCGAAAUGCCACCGGUUCGAGCCCGUCCAUCUCGCGCGCGACUGCACGCAAGCCGAGGAAUGCUGUGGAACAUGCGGGGAUGACUCGCACCCGACUCGUGACUGUCAGGUGACUGACGAGGAAAAGUACCGGUGCAUUAACUGCAAGCGUUUCGGCCACGCUACGUGGUCCCGCCACUGCCCUACUUUCCUUGCACAGGUCCAGAAAAUGCAGAAGAGGCAGCCCGACCACUGCUUCCGUUUCUUCCCAACGGAGGACCCGAACGCCUGGGAG